GUCUUUUCUUGCACAUUCCCUCUUAGACAUAUGCCCCUUUUCCCUCUGCCACCCCACCCACCUUGUUACUUGUUGUUUCUCCACCCAACUCGGCCAUGAAUUUUCCACAAAACCCACAUUUCUAGUUAAGCCUGGGUCUGGGUUUUGUCCCAAAAAAGGGUGGUUGUUGCUCGUUGGGGGUCCAAUUCCAAACAUCAACUUUUCAAAAUUGAACCUUUGAGUUGUAUUCAAUCUCUGUUUUGUUAAGUCACCUUCCAGAUUCCUGUUUGUUGGGUAAAUCAAAAUUAUAUUGAAAAAUGGCUCUUGGAACAACAACAACAACAACAAGAGUGGCCGUGUUGGGUGGUAUUCUGCUUUUCUUCGCAUUGGUUUUGAAUGUGUCUGGUAACUUGGUGUUCUCCGUCAACCAUAAGUUCAAGGGUCGUGACAAGCAGGUGUCUUUGAGUGCAUUGAAAGAGCAUGAUGCUCGCCGUCAUGGUAGGCUUCUCGCCGCAGAUGCUGCUGUGGAUUUGCAAUUGGGUGGCAAUGGUCAUCCUUCUGAAGCUGGGCUCUACUUCGCUAAAAUCGGGAUUGGAUCUCCUCCAAAGGACUUUCACGUGCAAGUUGAUACAGGAAGUGACCUUUUAUGGGUGAAUUGUGCAGAAUGCGAAAACUGUCCCACUAAAAGUAAUCUUGGUUUUAAACUCUCAGUAUAUGAUACAAAGAGCUCUUCAACUUCAAACAAGGUUACUUGUGAUCAAGAGUUUUGCACCUCCACACUGGAUGGUCGACUUCCUAGUUGCAAGCCAAAUAUGCUCUGCAAUUAUAAUAUCGCCUACGGAGAUGGAAGCGCAACUUCUGGAUACUAUGUGAAGGACAACAUACAACUCGAUAAAGUAACAGGAAACCAUCAAACCACAUCAACAAAUGGGACUGUAGUUUUUGGGUGUGGAGCUAAACAAUCUGGGAAUCUUGGUAAGUCUCCUGCAGCAGUUGAUGGGAUACUUGGUUUUGGCCAGGCAAAUGCAUCCAUCAUUUCACAACUAGCUUCAUCUGGAAAGGUGAAAAGACAAUUUUCACAUUGCUUGGAUAAUGUAAAGGGUGGAGGAAUCUACGCCAUUGGGGAAGUGGUGGAACCAAAAGUGAAAAAUACAACUCCCUUGGUACCAAAUAUGCCACAUUACACUGUUUCAAUGAAGACAAUUGAGGUGGGUGGUGAUGCUAUAGAACUUACCACAGAUAUAUUUGGCCUUUUUGGAGACCGGAAGUCGGCAGUAAUUGACAGUGGAACAACGUUGGCUUAUCUUACACCGGAGGUUUUUGAACCUUUUAUGAAAAAGAUAUUCGCUCGGCAGUCUGGAUUGAAGUUACAUACUGUUGAGGAGCAGUUUACAUGUUUUGAGUAUACCGGAAAGGUUGAUGAUGGAUUUCCAAUUGUAAAGUUCGGUUUUAAGAGUUCUGCUUCAAUGACUGUAUAUCCUCAUGACUAUCUGUUCCGACUACGUGACAAUGUCUGGUGUUCUGGUUGGCAGAGCAACUCGAUGAAAUCUAAAGAUGGAAAGUCCGUGACUCUUCUGGGAGACUUGGUACUUUCAAAUAAGCUGGUCCUAUAUGAUCUUGAAAACCAGGCCAUUGGGUGGACUGAUUACAACUGCACUUCAAGCAUUAAACUGAAGGAUGACAAGUCAGGGCAGGCAUACUCUGUUGGUGCCCACAAUCUUUCUUCAGCAUCCAGCCGCAUAAUGAGAACAACACUAUUGACAUUCCUGUUAUUAGUAAUUGCCAUGCUGCAAAUAUUGCAUUAAUUCAACAAGUGCUACUUUUUUAACAUCCAUUAACUCUGGUGCACCCUAAUUUGUUCAACCCAAAAUGAUAAUAAAAAAGAAAAACAUACCAAUUAUUUUGGAAGUA